CCAGUCCCCGUCACACACACACACACACACACACACACACACACACACACACACACACACACACACACACACACACACACACACACACACACACCGGGGAGGACCAGUGAUACAGCAGAAACGAGGAACCCAGCGGGGAUGGAUUAAACCUUUCUCCGCCGCUGCUCAGUGACUAUAUUCGGUUUUUACAUCGCCGUGCUCCGGAUGAAAGGUUGCGUGUUUCCCUGUUUCUUCCUUUUUGAGCUCAUUGAAGAGUUUAAACAUUAAAAGUCUGUUUUUAUUUGAGUUAGCCGGGUGAUGGAGACUGGCUGCUAACUAGCCGACGUUACUCCUCCUGUCAGCAGCAGCACUGAGCCAGCACUGCUCCCCCCCCGCUUUUUUUUCUUUUUUUUUUUGCUAUCACGUUACGUGUGGACUAAAAGCUUCUCGUUAGGAAAUUAAAUUAAAUUUAAAAAUGUUAUAUUGUGUUUAACAAAGGCGCCAACGGGUACCAGAGCUAGCUAGCUCAGUUAGCCGGUGAUUACAACUGCCAUCAGCUGACGUUAGCUCGCUGCUAGCUGCUCGGUGAGCUAACUCCUCUCUUUUUAUUGUUAUUUGUCUUCGUGUAGGAGAGGCUGUAAAUAUCUGCCUGCUAUUCCAACAACAAGCCGAGACUCUUAGUUCCCAUAUUUGUUGUUGUUUGUUUUUUGUUUUUGUUUUUUUUUUUUGCUCGUGUUGUCUGUUCUUCGUAGUUUUGUCAAGACGGCGCCGUUAACGAACUACAACCUCGCUGCAUACUGUCAGAGACAAACUACCCCCCGGAUCCCGUCGAGAUGCAUCAUCCGGACCCUGCAGGAGACUCUGGCAGUGUUAGAAAGAUGGCGCACCCGGCUGCCUUUCACAGAAGAGGCAGUAACACAGGCAGCGGGAGCGGCUCCGGGCUGUCAACACCGGCCAACCAGGUGGUCAAUAACAGCCACGUCCCGGCCGAUGAGUAUCAGCCCUCCCUGUUGAUCCAGUGCCAACCCCCUGCUGGUUCUUCCUCCCCGGGUCCCCAUCAUAUUCCCCCCCACAGCCUGAAUCUGCACCCCCAGCCCCAGCCCACGCAGUCGGCCGGAGCCCAGAUAAAAAAGAAGAGCGGUUUUCAGAUCACAAGUGUGACUCCGGCUCAGAUUUCUGUGAGUACCAACAACAGUAUUGCAGAGGACACGGAGAGCUACGACGACCUGGAUGAGUCCCACACGGAGGAUCUCUCCUCUUCUGAAAUCCUGGAUGUGUCCCUCUCCCGAGCUAACGACAUAGUGGGAGGAGAGAGAAGCUCUUCGGAGGAGACGCUGAAUAAUUUCCACGAGGCAGAGACCCCUGGAGCUGUCUCCCCCAACCAGCCUUCGCACCCACAUGCCCUGAACCAGGCUCAUCAGCAUGGCGGGGCAAUGGUCAACGGGACUGUGCACCAUCAACACCCUCAUCAUCCUAACCAUGCCCAGGUCUACCCGCUGUCCUCGGGGCCUGGGAGCACCCCAUCUGCCCUCCCUUCUGGAGCUUUACCUUGCGUCACCCAGAAAAUGCCUUCUAACGUCGGGGUCCCCCAAGAGAAUGUGUCCCAGGCGGCCCCUCCAAGUAUUGUCGCUCAGCCUGUCGGGGUCGUGGCCCCGGGAUCUGUCCCUGGAAUUCACAGCUCUGCUACGGGCACUACAGUUAGCAUAGUUAAUCCCCAGACCAGCAGUGUUAGUAAUGUGAAUAUGUUGAGCUCUGCCAACGUGCCUGUGAGAGGGGGGAUCAGCACGAGUGCUAGCAGUAGCAGUGGUGGCUUUCCUCUCAAUGUGAUAAGCAGUAGUGGGGGCAGCGGAGGUGCCGUUGCAGGCGGGGGUAACCUCAUGACAACCGCUCAUGUCGGCAUGAUCCAGCAGCAUCAAAACAUCGCUAUGACUACUACGAGUACUGCCGCUGCUGCUGCUGCUGCUGCUGCUGCUGCUGCUGCUGUCAGUGCCUCUGGAGGAAUGGGACUCUCCAGUGGGAUCCAGGGAAGAGUUGGAUCUGCUGUGCUGCAGGCCGUGAGCGCCCCUGUUACAGCAGCAGCCCCCGUACCAUCCACCCCUGCCCAGCCCGCCCCAGCUCCAGCCCCCGCGGUGGCUGCCACCAGUUCUCGCUUCAGGGUGGUGAAGUUGGACUCUAGCUCUGAACCCUUUAAGAAGGGCAGAUGGACAUGCACUGAAUUUUAUGACAAGGAUAACCCAGCCUCGGCUCCCAGCUCCUCUGCAUCUGAUACUGGGUCUCUCAGCAUGCGUCAGUUCGUCUCUGAGAGCUUUGCUGCGGCCUCAGAGAGGGAAAGCACAAGUGGUAGUUCUGUGAGUAGCACUAUGAGUACAAUGAGCCAUUACACUGAGAGUGUGUGCAGUGGAGAGACAGGGGGACCCCCAGUACCCCAGCAUGUCCAGGAUUAUGCCUCCCCUCCUCAGGGCUUUCAAGGAAUCCUCCCCAGUGGCUUAAGCAUGGGAGUGUCCCAAACCCAGCCUCACAUGCACCCCCAGGAUGUUACCCAUUCACAUGUGAAGACUACUGUGGCCCCCUCGGCUCCCACAAACAUUCAUCAGCCUGCUCCCAUGUCAGGCCACCAGACCACCAUCGGUCACCCUACGUCUGCUGUACACCAGCAGCAGCAGCAGCAGCAGCAGCAGCUCACCUAUGCCCAGGCGGUUGCUAAUCAAUCCACAGGUUCCACACAGGGCCUUGUGGGUGUUCAGCAACAGAAGAUGGGCUAUGCCACCCUGCCGCAGCAGCCAUCUGCUACCCCCCAAGCAGCCCCAGUGCAGGUGAGGCCACCUGAGUACACCCAGUCUCACCAAGGUCUCCCCCAGGGCGCUGCUUCUCAACCUCUGUCCAAUCAAGCUGGAUCAGUUCCCUCUGGGCCAGCUAAUGGAGCAUGUCAGAUGAUGGGAGGCCUGCAGCAGUCACAGGCGCUCCUUCACGCACAGUCCCAGCAGCCCUCCUCCCUUCAGACCGCCACCUCCAGUAUGCCCUCCCAUGUUGGAGUACCAGGUCUUGGCCAGCAGCCCCAGAGCCACCCUGGCCAUCUGGAUUGCAAGCAGCAGAAGCCGCAGUCACUCCCAACACAAAUCCAAAAUCCGGGCUUGGGUACCCAGCUGCCCACAACAGUCCACCAGAGCCAAGUGUCUGCAUCAAGUGUGCCUCCUCCCAACCCUCAGAGCGAUCCCCAGGCGCAGCCCCAAGCCCACAAUACUGGGAAUAGUGGUAGGAUGCCCCCACAGGGUGUUCCUCAAAGCCAACCAUCUUGUGUCAGCUUGUCCCAGGACCACAGCAGUGCCCAGGCCCUGGCUCAUGCCGCCCAGGCCAGUGCCCUCUAUGCUAGUCUGCCCACAUUCACCACCACCCAGCUGCAGGACGCCCAGCGGCUGCUCCUCCAGCACCAGUCGGCUUUGUUGGGGCUGCCCAAGCUGUCUGGAGGGGAGGCUGGGUCUGGAUCCAGCACUGGCCAGGGUCAAGAAGCUGAGGGCAACACCGCUACCGCCAGUGCCUUAACUGCAUCAGCUGGUCUCAAGACUGUUGAUGGCGAGGAGGAUGGGUAAGACUUUUUUAAAUUCCUUUUAGUUUUGACUUACUGUGAUCCAAGUUUCAAUUCAACCAACAAACGACACUUGAUUGUAGCAGUAACGUAAUCAACUGUUUUGGUAUGACCAAUAAAAGCAAGUGUCAAAGA